UUUGUGCAAUUCUUCAAGCAAAUGGAUAAGGUGCUCUACUUUAGUGGUCAAGUCAACUCAAGUGAAGAAGAGACAAGUGGCCUUCAAGAGGACUCCUUCAAGUCCAAGGCCCAAAUACGUAGCCAAGAAGAUGAGAACAAGUUUCUCCCUGACCAAAUGCGUUUUCUUCUUUAG